AUGGCCCCCUCCGCUGUUUCCCAACAGGAUGUCAACCUGACUGCCGCCGCCAUCCAGCGCAAGGAGGCUUCCAUCUCCAAUGGUGACAACGCUCAAAAGGCUCCCCUUGAUGCCUCAAAGCUCACCUACACUCUGACCAAGGCGCCUCGUCCAGUCCCCGAUGAGGCCGUUGCCAAUUCUGGUGACGAGACAAUUGCCACUGACCACAUGGUCACUGCUACCUGGAAGGCUUCAACCGGCUGGGGCACUCCCGAACUGAAGCCAUACGGUCCAUUGAGCCUCAUGCCUACUGCCUCCUGCUUGCACUACGCCACCGAGUGCUUCGAGGGUCUCAAGGUCUUCCGUGGUUACGAUGGAAAGCUGCGUGUCUUCCGCCCCGACCGCAACUGCGCCCGUAUGGUCAUGUCCGCUGGACGCAUCUCCCUGCCCGUCUUCGAGCCCGCCGAGCUCGAGAAGCUCAUGAUCGCUCUUUUGUCUGUUGACGGCACCAAAUGGCUGCCCAAGGAACGCCCCGGCAACUACCUCUAUAUUCGCCCUACUCUCAUCGGUACCCAGUCCCAGCUCGGUGUCCAGGCCCCCAAGGAGGCUAUGCUCUACAUCAUUGUCACCUUCUUGCCUCGCCUGGACUCUCCUCCCGGCGGCAUGCGUCUUCACACCUCCCCCGAGGACAUGGUUCGUGCCUGGGUUGGUGGAUUCGGCUACGCCAAGGUUGGCGCAAACUAUGGCCCUUCUUUGAUGGCCACCCAGGAUGCUCGCCGUCGUGGAUUCCACCAGAUUCUCUGGCUGUAUGGCCAGCAGGGCGAGUGCACCGAGGCCGGCGCCAGCAACUUCUUCGUCCUCUGGAAGCGCAAGGAUGGCAAGAAGGAGCUCAUCACUGCCCCAUUGGACGAUAAGCUGAUCCUGGACGGUGUUACUCGCCGCAGCUGUUUGGAUAUUGCCCGCGAGAGACUGGCGGGUGAGAUUGAGGUUACCGAGCGCAAGUACACUAUUGAUGAGCUUUUCGAGGCUGAUGCCGAGGGACGCAUCCUCGAAUCUUUUGCUGCUGGCACUGCUUACUUUGUCUGUGCCGUCUCUCAAAUCCACCACCGCGGCAAGGAUAUCAACAUCCCUAUGGGCCCCGAGGGCAAAGCUGGCGAAAUCACUACCAAGCUCAAGACCUGGGUCGGCGAUAUUAUGUACGGCCGUGAGCAACACGAGUGGGGUGUUGUUAUCCCUGAGAAGGAACAGUAA